AUGGUCGCCGCCGAGCUCUGGAGACACGAGCAGCCUGAGGGCACGCAGAUGUGGAAGUUUUUGCAGCAUGUGAACGACAAAUAUGGUCUCAACCUAAACGACUACCCGGGGCUGUACAAGUGGUCCGUCGAGAACGUGGCCGACUUCUGGGGUGAUGUCUGGCACUUUGCCGGUAUCAAGGCUUCAAAGCCGUUUGACCAGGUCCUCCCCCAAAAUGCCUCCAUGUUCCCCCGGCCCGACUUCUUCGCCGGUGCCCGUCUAAACUUCGCCGCGAAUUUGCUCUUCCCCGCCAACGCUGCCGUAGACGAGUCCAGCACGGCCGUUAUCACGGCCACCGAGGACGAGUCCCACAUCGUAUCGACCUCCUGGGCCGAGCUGCGCGACCAGGUCCGCCGCUGCUCCCACGCCCUGCGCACUGCCGGCGUUAGAGAACACAGCGUCGUGGCUGGGUUUGUCGCCAACCACGUUCAGGCUCUGGUCGCACUAUUAAGUGCCGCUGCUGUGGGUGCGAUUUGGACCGGUAUUAGCCCGGAUAAUGGUGUCAGUGCCGUGUUGGAUAGGUUAACGCAGAUCCGGCCGCAGGUGUUGUUUGCGGACAAUGCAACGCUGUAUAACGGCAAGGCGUGGUCGGGUAAGGCGAAGAUGUUGGAUGUGGUUGAGGAGUUGAAAAAGCAUGGGCUGGAGCAGGUUGUUGUGAUUCGGGGUCUUGAGGCUAUCGAGACAGGGCUAGAGGAGAUUAGGGGGAAGGGAGUCAAGGCGGAGGAGUAUGAAGAGUUCUUGAAAUCGUCACCAGAUAUGGCACUAGAAUUUGCGCACCUUCCGCCCUCCCACCCCCUUUACGUCCUGUACUCGAGCGGUACUACCGGGCUCCCCAAAGCCAUCGUCCACACCGCAGCAGGCACUCUGCUACAGCACAAGAAAGAGCACUUUUUGCACUGCUCGCUCUCACCGGCUUCCCGAAUGCUCUACUACACCACCACUUCCUGGAUGAUGCACCACUGGAGCGUGUCCGCCCUGGCCUGUGGCGCCUCUCUCGUCCUCUACUCCGGCUCACCCUUCAAGCCGCAUGGCUACCUUUCCAUCCCGCGCCUCCUUUCCUCCCUCCGUGUCACUCAUUUUGGCACCUCGGCCGCCUACUUGACCACCCUCGAAGCGAACAACAUCCGCCCUGUUGCCGACCCCACGCUUGACCUGUCCGCCCUCGAAGCCAUCUACUCGACCGCCUCGCCCUUACCGCCGUCCACCUUCAGCUUUGUCUACUCCGCCUUUCCAGCAUCCAUUAACCUCGCCUCCAUCACCGGCGGCACCGAUAUCAUCUCACUUUUUGGUGCCCCCUGUCCGCUCCUGCCUGUUCGCGUAGGGGAGAUCCAGUGCGCCGGCCUCGGGAUGGCCAUCGAUGUCGUCGACCCGUCUUCUCCGCCCGACGAUCCACGGCCCGUCAUCCCUUCUGCCUCAGACGAUGAUGACGGCACUACUUCCCCACCAGGCGACCUGGUCUGCACCAAACCCUUCCCAUGCCAACCUCUCACCUUCUUCGGCCCCAACGGCGAAGCCAAAUACCGCGCCGCGUAUUUCGAGCGGUUCCCCGGUCUCUGGCACCACGGCGACUUUGUGCGCAUCGACCCGCGCACGGGAGGGCUCGUCAUGCUUGGCCGCAGCGACGGUGUUCUCAAGCCAGCAGGCGUCCGGUUCGGCUCGGCCGAGAUCUACAACAUCCUCACGCGCUUCUUCGCAGCCGAGGUCGAAGACGCAGUGUGUGUCGGCCGCCGGCGGGAAUCCGAUCGUGACGAGACAGUGUGUCUAUUCGUCGUCACCACCACCCCCUCUACAUUCGACGACGUCCUCCGCAAACGCAUCGCCGAGACGAUCCGGCGGGAGCUGAGCCCGCGGCAUGUGCCCGGUGUGAUUGAGGAAGCUAAGGGUGGAGUGCCGAAGACGGGCAACGGGAAAAAGAUUGAAGUGGCGGUUAAGCAAAUCUUGUCGGGUAUGAAGGUAAGGACGAACGCGAGUGUCGCGAACCCGGAAGCGUUGGAUUGGUUUCGGGCAUGGGCGAAGGAGAGAGAGGAGGGGAGUAAACUCCCAAACUAA